AUGCAUAUCUGUCGUAUGAUAGUCCGAGUACUUGGGAUUCCGCGACUCUUUGGCGCGCCGAUUGAUAAUGGCAUGGCCAAGUCCGACGCGGUUCUUGGACUGAGCAAGCGGCAUGGUGGCAAGAACCAAAAAAAGCGUUCUUCUUACGUGUGGAGGUUAGGUCAACUUUUUUUUCUCUUUACCACGAUGAGUGAUCCUUUGGCGCAUGUGCGGCUUAUGACCAUGCUCAACGUCAAAGCCACACAUCCACGCAAGGAAGAUGAGAACAUGCCAAAGAAGCGAGUGCGAACAUCUGUACCGCCUCACGCUGCGCCUGUGCGCAAUGAACGACCUGAGACGCCGACCAAGACGGAGCCUGAUGAGCCCGUGGCGCCUGUGUUGGUGGCUGAGGAUGACGACGAGGACCGUGCCGAUGCAUUUCAAUGCCACUUUGCGGAGGUGAAUCCUGAAAAUUUAGCGUGGAAGGAGCCGGAGCACAUUCGCAUCCUGGGCGGCGCCGUCGUCACGCGGGCGGAUCGCUCGCUUCAGGAACGUCCUGUCUCUCGUCCGCACGCGCGUGUGUGGCGAGCCUUUGAGGCCAAACAUGCCCUAUCGCGCAUGCAAUCUGAAGUUCUGGAGUGCAUAGGCACGUACACGGACUUUUGGCACUCGCGCGUCGCGAUUCAGGACCAUGACCUGUUUCGCCAAGUUUGUGCCAUGCAUGCCAUGAGCCACAUUGCCAAGACUCGUCAACGCAUCCUUAAGAACAAUGAAAAACUUGCCAAAGCUGCUGCCGCACACACGGAUGAUGACGACGAGCUGCCCGAGUUUCGUGACCAGGGCUUUACGCGACCCAAGGUACUUCUUGUCGUGCCGUUUCGACACACGGCCAAGGUAUGGGUCGAUAUGUUGAUGUCCUAUGCAGGGUGUGAGCAAGUCGAGCAAAAGACGCGUUUUCACAAGGAGUUUUCUCUACCACCUGGCUCGUUUGACAAGCUUGCUGACCCCGAGUUCGCACACAGAUACCCCGACGACCACCGGCACACGUUCCAAGGCAACAUUGACGACAAUUUUAAGCUGGGCAUCAAACUCACGCGCAAGACUCUGAAGCUGUACAGUCCAUUUUAUGAGAGUGACGUGAUUGUUGCGAGUCCUUUGGGUUUGCGUCUUCUUAUCGAGAAGGAGCAUGAGCACGACUAUCUCUCCUCCAUGGAGGUGGUCAUGGUUGACCAGAUGGACGUGAUGCUGAUGCAGAACUGGGAUCAUGUGCGAUUUAUAUUGGCAUGCGUGAAUCAAAUCCCCAAGGAGGCGCAUGAUACCGACUUUUCGCGGGUGCGGCCCUGGUACCUCGAUGGACAUGCGUCGCUCUUGCGUCAGACGAUCUUAUUUUCUACGUUUGAUGCGCCCGAGUUCCGGCAGCUGUUUCAUUCGCUUCGCAAUGUGGGAGGGAAGGUGCGCACGACGGCACUUGGACCUGACGACGUGCCUAGCAUGUCGCUCGUUCCGCCAGGCGUCCGCCAAACCUUUUUCCGCUUCGAGUGCUCUAAUCCGCAGAGUGAGGGAGAUCAACGGCUCACAGCGUUUAAAGAGCGUAUUCUGUCGCUGCUGAAAAAGUCGGCGGUGAGCGCGUCACACACGAUGAUCAUCGUCCCGUCUUACUUUGACUUUGUGCGUCUGGAGGACGACUUUCGGCGCAUGGACCCGCCGAUGUCGUAUACGACACUGACCGAGUACUCGACGGGCCGUGACAUUUCGCGUGCGCGGGAGGCCUUCUUCUCCGGCAAGAAAAGUGUGCUUUUAUUGACGGAGCGCUUCCACUUUUACCGCCGCUACCUGAUUCGCGGUGCGAUCACUGUGGUGUUUUAUGCGCCGCCCGAGCAUGCUGUCUACUACCCAGAAUUCAUUCGUGCGCCGCUAUCAGUCCGCGAUGCUUCGUCCGCGGCACCGACAGACCCCGCCGACUUGCAGGUAUGGACGCUCUUCUGCAAGUACGACCUACUGCGUCUAGAGCGUGUGGUCGGGGCGUCACAAGCACGCAAGAUGCUGACGGGGACCGACACGUCGUACCGCUUCCUCUAA